UCUACUUUAUCCAUUGAAAAGAUCCGACUAUUUCCCACCAAGUUGAGAUAUAUAUAAAAAGAAAAAGUAAGAAGAAGAAAGCAAUGGCAUCACCACUCGCCGCCCUACAGGCCUUUCUACACAACCAUCCAGACAUCAAAUGCACCACCCCCUCAGCAGCAGAGUACCCCUCUAUAAGCGAGAUAUGGAAUGUCGGCCACGCCGGAACCCCGCUGGCAAUCGUGCACCCGCAGUCUGCAGACGAUGUGUGCCGGGUGAUCCGGUACGCGCGAACGGCAGGUCUACGAUCCACCAUCCGCACAGGCGGCCAUAACCUCGUCGGGUCGACGAUGGUGGAGGGCGCUCUAGUGAUUGACCUCCGCGCACUUGCGGGCGUGGCAAUCGCUGCAGACAGGCAGUCUGUUACUAUUGGAGGAGGGAUUCUGCAGGGCGAGCUGGCGAAGAAGUUGUGGGAGGAGGGACUCGCCACGCCUACGGGGACGGUUCCUUCGGUGGGAUACGUGGGCUGGGCCAUGUAUGGAGGGUACGGGCCUUUUUCUGGGAACUGGGGUCUCGGAGUCGAUCAGAUCCUGCAUGCCACGCUUGUGAAUGCGGAGGGCGAGAUUGUCAAGGCGGAUGCUCGGCUUUUGAGGGGGAUCCGUGGUGCUGGAGGGAUGUUGGGAGUCAUUGUCGAUCUCACUGUCAAAGUGUAUCCUCUCAAACAGUUUCUUGCAGGAUCCAUCCUGUUUGAAUCCCAGGAUAUCAAGAAGACAUUCACAGAAUUCAAUGCUGCAUAUCGACAGAUCUUGAACGACGGACUACCGCCCGCCUUGACGAUCCAACAAGCAGCGCUCAACGCACCCACGGGCAGGGUGUUCGGUGUGAUUUUUGCAUGGAGCUCAGACGACGUGGAGGAAGGGCAGCGCUGGCGCGAAAAGAUCGCCGGGCUGGGAAACCCGAUCAUGAACACCGUCGCGGUCGUCGACAUCCCGACCUGGCUAGCAGGGAACCAGGCCCUCGUUGCAAGCAGUGGCUACGGGUUCAGCCAUUCCGGGAAUCUGUAUCGCAUCACGCCCGAAGUCACAGAGACAAUCGGCCGCAACUUGGCGCAGAUGCCGUUUGACCCGGCAACGAUGUUCGUAAUCCAUCCACUGCGAGGUCCCUCUGCGGCGCCGAGGGAGGAUUCUGUGUUUGCCUCGAGAGAGCCUCAUUUCAUGCUGGAGAUUUUGGGUUUUGCCGUCACGAAGGAAAACAGGCAGGCCGCCGAGCAAUGGGCGGCGCAGACGGCCAGGGAGAUCCACGACACAGAUCCCGGUAACCUCCUGCCCACCGCGUAUAUUUCUCUGUAUCACUUUGCGGAGCCAGUUCCGCUCGCCAAGUUCUUUGGAACUCACGUCAAGGAGAUCCUUGCGUUGAAGGAGGAGUAUGAUCCUCACAAUGUAUAUAAUCUGCCUCGUUUGCAGAGCUAAGCUCUGCAAGAUACUCAUGGUUGGCUGGGGGCGCCGGUGAAAACCCCUUUUCGAAAGCAUAUCUCAAAGUUAUGAUGAAUAUUGACAGUACGAACA